GGAUGCUCGGUGCCUGCCUCUGAGGCAGCCCUGCUUGAGCUGAGGGCAGAGGGAGCCAGGAGGGGCCAGCAUGCUGCGGGUGGCUCUCCUGCUGGCCUCUGGUGCUUGGCUGGUGGCACAGAGCAAGGCUGCACCAAGUGCCCCCACAGUCUCCAUCUUCCUGAAGCCACCUGGGGUGAUCCCACCAGGAGGCUCCACCACCAUCUGCUGCAGCUGCCAGUGUGCCACAGGGCACCUGGUGCUCCUCAAGGACGGGCGCCGGCUGCGCGCCCUGGCGCCGCGCGGCGGCAGGGCAGAGUUCUCCAUCUCCAAUGCCACCCACGGGGAUGCAGGAGUCUACAGCUGCCAGUACCAGGCUGGGGGCACCCUGCUGGCUCACAGUGAAGGCCUGGAUGUGAUGGUACAAGGUGAGGGACACACAGCCUGGCGUGGGGGCAGAUGCCACCUGGAGUUCCAUCUCCCCACCCCUGUCCUCUCGGUGCUGCCCUGGCAGGAGGUGGCUGCAGGAGCGGCGGUGAGCCUGCGCUGCAGCACUGCACACCCCACUGCUCGCUGCCUGCUCUACCUGCAGGGCCAGCUGGCAGCCCUGGCAGUGCUCUCCAAGCAGCAGGAGGACUUCAACAUCUCCCACGUGCAGGAGGCCAAUGGAGGCCACUACAGCUGCCAGUGCUUCAACCAGGCUGCUUCCUUCAGCUGGUCUGCUGCCAGUGAGCCCCUGCAGCUGGUGGUGAGAGAUUACACCUGGAGCAACACAGUGCAGCUGGCCCUGGGGGCUGGGGUCCUGCUGCUGCUGGGGCUGGUCCUGGCCGAGGCCACACGGAGCCAAAGGAAGUGCCCUGGGCCUCAGCUCCCACCACUGCAGAGCCCUCAGGGCUGCACUGCCUCCCCACUGCCGCGGUGACACCGCAGCAGCUCUGCACAGGGCACGGGGGGAGCGGUGUGGGCGACCCCAGGGCACACAGGGGCUACCAGAAGCUGCCUGGGACUCUGCCAGGACCACCUGGCUCUGGAGUUGGAGCCUGCUCAGCCUCUCUUCCCCCAGAAGGGGAGGCACAGGCUGCACCCAGCUGGCUGCAGCCCUGCUGCAGCUCCUUCAGCUCUGCAGAGAAGCAGCUGAGGGACAGCAGAAGAUCCUGCUCCUCAGACCUGGGCAUCUUGCAAGGGCAGGCAGGGGGCAGAAGGCAGCUUGGCAGGGUGAUGUCAGCCAGCUCAGCAACGCCCUCAGGAGCCAGGGGCUCUGCCUCUAGAGCCGUGGGUGGUUCUU